UUAUUUAAACUUUCUUUUUUUUUUUCAGUUCUUUUGUAAAAAAAAAAGGAAACCAUGGUUCGCCUGCUUAAGUUACUCAGUUUAGCCACUUGUUUAUGUGUGGUGAAAUCCCAAGAUGUGACAGAGAAGCAAGUGGUUUCUUCUGUCAUGUAUGCACCUGUUCCGACCAAUCGAAUGGCACUUGCCCAUCCAUUACCUGCUGCAGAGUUUAUUGCGUCCAAUGGGGAACAAAAGACAGUGUGUCACAAUUUCCGUACAGAAUUCAACAAGAAUUCUCGAGGCUGGAUUGUAGAAAAUACAAUGCAAGAUACCUAUGAUGUGAAUCAAGACGGUAUUCAAUUGAACUUGUUGCCUCCUAAACAAUACGUUCGACUUUUAGACACAAGAAAUUUACCUUAUAACCAAAUUGGUGGUCGAGGCCCCACCUUGAAUGCCACGACCUAUAUUCGCUAUGGCAGGAUCUCUGCUACCAUGAAGACAGCUAGUGGAGGAGGUUCAGUUACUGCUUUUAUUUUAAUUGCAGAUGAUGGUGAUGAAAUUGAUUUUGAGAUCGUUGGUGGUGAUUUUCGAUCUGUACAAACCAAUUACUUUUGGGGAAGAGACAUCGAAUACACUGUGAAUGGUGCUGUCCAUCAAAUUAAAGGUGCUGAUUUAGACAAAGCAUUUCAUCGUUACACCAUUGACUGGUCACCAGAAAAGAUUGACUGGAUUAUAGAUGACCAGAUUGUGCGCACAAAGACAAGAGCUGAAACAUGCGAUGCUAGUGGUGUAUGCAAAUUUCCAUCUCGACCAGCACGUGUCCAAGUUGGAUUAUGGGAUGGUAGUAUUGAAUCAGGUACAGCAGCAUGGUCUAGAGGACCUAUUGAUUGGUCUUUACCUCAUUCAAUUUCAGCUUAUAUCAAGGAUAUUCAUGUUGACUGUAAUCCAGAGUAUAAUCAAAUUGUCAAUUGAUACUCGGAAAUUUAUAGAGCAAAGAAUGUACCUGAAUCUAUAUAACCUUAUGCAUUUUCUCUUUUUUCUAAUAAAUGGAUCUUUAUUUCCACA